AUGGAGGUUACUCUUCUUGGAGAAAACCAACUUGCUUUAGGUUCUAAUCUGAAUCUGAGAACUAAUGCAAUGGAAGCAGGGCUCCAAGUAGCAAAACAUCAGAUUCAAAAAUCAACAGAGACUGUAUCUCAGUUAACAAAGCUACCCCAACUGCCAGGAAAAAACUGUGAUUCUCCUAAUGUUGUUGAUCUUAGUUAUAUGCAACUUUCGGCUGAUAGUAAUUACGGUCUUCAACAGCAGUAUUCGAAUAACCGUUGUAUUCCGUCCAGGAGUCUUGCAGAAGUUGCCCACGAAAUGAACUUGGUUAAUUGCCAAUAUACACAGCAGCAACCACAACAACAGGUUUCUUCUGGACAUAUAAAGAUGGUUGCUGAAUGUAAAAGUCCUUCUUCAGAACUAUUGUAUUCCUACGGCCACAUUUCCCCUCCUGCUUCACCAGAAAGGAUCGUAUUUCAUGUGAAAAAACCAAUUGGGAUACAAAAACAAAACAGAACGAAUCCAGUUUCGAACUGUGGCAAUUUUAACAAUUACUACGAACAAUAUGUCAGAAGCCAGCAAACAGGGAGAACUAUUCAGCCCAGUUCUCCUCGGCUGGUUACUCCACCAUCUUCCCCACACCUUACUGAUGUCAAUAAUGGGGCUAAAGCAACUCAACCAUUUUUGGUACCCAUUGCACCAAAAACUCUAAAGAAAAUGGUGAAUAAAAAUGAUAUAAGGAAAAAAACUUUCAGGCAUUCCUGCUCAUAUAUAGGCUGCGAAAAGACUUACACGAAGAGUUCUCACCUCAAGGCCCACGUUCGGACUCACACAGGAGAGAAACCUUACCAAUGCACAUGGAAAGGCUGUGGCUGGAAGUUUGCUCGAUCAGACGAGCUCACUAGGCAUUAUCGUAAACACACAGGAGUUAGGCCUUUUAGAUGUAGUUUGUGUGAUCGCGCCUUUAGCCGCUCAGAUCAUCUAGCUCUCCACAUAAAAAGGCACAUGGUUUUGUGACUGCACAUGCUGUAUUAUUAUAUACUAUUUUUUAUUCCAUCGGUACUAAUAAACACGAUUAAUUAAGCUUAACUCUACACGACUUUCUUUAUCGGACUUUAGGUAGUUUGUUGUUAACAUGUGUAAGCAUUA